AUGUCGUCGUCAGACCUGAAUUUCCAGGACGAUGCAUGGCUGCUAGUGGAGCCCAAAAGGACCUUUUGCUCACCUCGUUAUCGCCAGGAACGUUUUUUAGUACGUUGUCAAGCUCUGACGUUCUGGAGCCAACCUCAAACUGUGCUACAAUUGGGUCAAAUUGAGUAUUUGGUCCUCAAUUGCGAUGCAGCCGACGCGUGCAAGCGCAGCGGAGACUUAAAGGAGACGAAGAAGCUACUGCAAUUGUCUGUGAGGCCAUUGGAUGACGUGAGACGCACUCAGUUGUACCACACGUCAGCUCAUGCUCAAGUCCUUGAGGUUUUUGUGGAUGGGGAAGGGACGAGGGAGCUGCUAUUGCGCUGUCUACGAGGAGAAAAAAAUGAGAAGAAGCUGUUGGAUGACGCCUUUGAAUCCUUGGUAAGAGCACAGCAGAGCAGAGAUAAGGAGACGGCUAUUGGACUUUAUAAGGAGGCAGAGAGAGGUUUCGGGGAGGCUGAGAAAGUCGUGGAUGCCAGAUCGAGAGAGCUGUUGAGAGAAAGGAGAGGAGACUUGCAGAGGACAAUUAGAGAGCUGGAGGAGGAGGUACAGGAAGGAAUAAGGAAUGCUGUUGCUGGUGUUGUGCCGAAGAAAGUGACGUUGAUCUCCCAGACGAUAGAUAUCAGUGCGCGAUUAGAGGAGUUGCGUCGCUUUGCUGCUAAACAGGAUGACGCGAACGCUUUGCAGGGGAAUCGUGCGAAUCUGACAGGUCGAUUGGCAGCACUGAAGAACGAAAAGGCACAAUCUGCAAUGCCAGUGGAUGUCUUGACGGAGAGGCUGCGGCGACUACGAGGAUAUAUUGGGCCAGACGAAGGUGCACCUGUGGUUGGAAGUAGUGGAGUAGAGCGGAUGAGCGCGGUGGAUCGUGUUAUUCAGCAGGUGGUAGACGAAAUUGCUUUCGAUAUUGAGGAUGAAGAUUUUGAUGUGGAUGAGACAGUGGAGGAAAGUGACAGUUCGAGUUAUGGCAGCAGCCAUGUCAGCAAGAGUAGCAAGUUUUGA